AUGCCGGUGCCAGGUGUCUGUGGGCACUCUCGCCACCGGCUCGCCUUCUUGGUGAUCCAAAGUCUCGUUUUCGCGGCUGCUGUGCUCGCGGCCUCCCCCAGCCUGCCCGUGCCAGCAAAGAAGCAUAAUGAGGAGGUCCGGACGGAAACCAAGACACAACGUCAGGCGGCGGAUGUUGAGCAGCCCGCUGCUGCAGAGGAUAAGGACAAAGAAGGCAAACCAGCUCGUCCGCGUGUCCGAUCUGCCCGAACUACCGACAUACGGAAAAAGAUGCAACGGUACCGAAUCAUUAUAGGUCUGGCACUGGCGACGUGGGCGAUCAGUUUUUCGCGUCCCAUCAUUCAACAGCUCGUCGCGGAGUACUUCAUGGAUGAUGAUUGA